AUGUCUGAAGUAGCAACUAUCACCGACCCUGAUCAUCCGAAUAAGUUUCAUAUUGCAGCUGGGCUGUCUAGCCUCAGCACGGGAGGCUUGGGGGCCUCACCAGAACCAACAUCGCAGACGCAGAAGGUGAAGCUGGUUUUACUACAGCCUCUAGCCAACCCUGAUAUGCUUGCAACCUGCCGUAAUGCAGGUUCUCGCGUCACUCGCAGAGCCACCGGUCUUUCUCGUGGCAGUUCCACUCGCGAGUUUUCUGGAUAUCGGCCCCUCAGCGACACCCUCUGUGUCCAGGCAGGGGACGUUAUGAAUCUGGUCGUCACUAUCGCCACCGAGACGAGGAUACGGGCCAUGGGUAACGUGUGUUUCGAGGUUGUCUAUGAUGAGGCUGAGGGGGUAGCGCCCAGGGUAUUGACCCGUCUAGGCAAGCAGCUUCUUGCACUUCGGCUGUUUCCUGGAAAGAAAGAUGGGGACAGGGUGAAUGGUCUCUGA